UUUAGUCGUCCCGUCAUGGAGCAUUGUAGGAGCCUGAGGCUAACCAUAAAGUGGGGAAACUUAAAAAACAAGGAAUGGUCCUGCAGCGCCUUAAAGACCAACAAAACAUGUAGCUGGCAUCAUGAGCUUUUGUGGGUAGAUUUUGACCGAGGCCUGGUGGAAGAGAUGUCAGGAGAAAGCGUUGUGAGCUCAGCAGUGCCAGCAGCUGCGACUCGCACCACCUCCUUCAAAGGGACCAGUCCGAGCUCAAAGUAUGUCAAGCUGAAUGUUGGCGGUGCCCUCUACUAUACCACAAUGCAGACCCUGACCAAGCAGGACACCAUGCUUAAAGCCAUGUUCAGCGGCCGCAUGGAGGUUCUCACCGACAGCGAAGGCUGGAUUUUGAUCGACCGUUGUGGUAAACACUUUGGGACAAUAUUAAAUUACUUGCGUGAUGGGGCCGUGCCUCUUCCUGAGAGUCGGAGAGAGAUUGAAGAGCUGCUGGCUGAGGCAAAGUACUACCUGGUUCAGGGUCUGGUGGAUGAGUGCCAGGCAGCUCUCCAGCAGAACAAAGAUACAUACGAACCAUUCUGCAAAGUUCCAGUCAUCACUUCUUCUAAGGAAGAGCAAAAACUUAUAGCAACAUCCAAUAAGCCUGCAGUAAAGUUGCUGUAUAACAGAAGUAAUAACAAAUAUUCCUAUACCAGUAAUUCUGAUGACAACAUGCUGAAGAACAUCGAGUUGUUUGAUAAGCUGUCACUACGGUUUAAUGGGAGAGUCCUUUUUAUAAAGGAUGUCAUAGGAGAUGAGAUUUGCUGCUGGUCUUUCUAUGGACAAGGGCGUAAAAUUGCUGAAGUCUGCUGCACCUCCAUUGUCUAUGCUACUGAGAAGAAACAAACAAAGGUGGAGUUCCCAGAAGCCCGAAUAUAUGAAGAGACAUUGAACAUUUUGCUUUAUGAGGCUCAGGAUGGACGAGGACCUGACAAUGCGCUUCUGGAGGCUACAGGAGGGGCAGCAGGGCGCUCUCAUCACCUGGAUGAGGAUGACGAGCGGGAGCGCAUUGAACGCGUGCGAAGGAUUCAUAUUAAGCGUCCAGAUGACAGGGCACAUCUUCAUCAGUGAGGAGUGACAGCUGCAGACUGCCCCGCCUUGUUAGAGAAUCUGUAGCCUGGCCCACUCCAUUAUUUACAGCUGUUGGCCAGGCAAUUUAUUUAUAUUCAGUGACAUGGAUAAAAUUACAUUUUGUACCAGAGUAGAAUAUUUUGGAGUAUUUAACACAAAGUAGAUCUAUUAGAGGAAUAAAGAAGGUAUCAAGGGUCAGAUCUGUGCAUUUGAAGCAAUGUUUGAAUUUUUAGCACUCUUUACCCUGCAGUUUUGUGGUUAGAGAGGAGGAGUGCUGGCUUCCUUCUGGUUUUUUUUUUAGUAUUUAUUCUGCAUUUUCUCUAGGACUUUCCAGCGAUUGACCCACCUUCCUUACAGCCCCACACUUGCUCCAUCCCUCCUGAACCUACUGUCCAUGAGAAAUGCUAUUCCCUGCCACAGUGAUGCUAAAGAAACUAAUCUCAUCUGCUACAGUACAUUCUCCACUCUCCUCUCAUCUGAAUCUUUAAGGGAGAAAGGCAACUUAGAUAGAAAUGCUUCACUUCUGCUUUCAUCAGACAAGGUUCUAUGGAUCCUGGCUUCCCCAAAGAACGCAAUUGCUCUAUAUAGUUUGAAAUAGACUUCAGUGGUACUGUUUGAGAACACUGCCCUGGUGCUAGAUCUUGCUGGUUGGCAAGGACUCUAGUUUUGUUAUUUAGUGCUGGCAGCUACUCAAACUCACUUUCAAAAUUCAGAAAACAUGGUAAUAUGAAAUCAUAGCAUUUCCCUUGAGCUUCCUGGUAGUGGUUCAGUGAAACUAGUAUGCUAGAGGAUAGUGGAAAACCCUCAACAU